AUUAUUUAUUUGCUUUCGUCUCUACAAAUGAUAGAGGAUGAUGCGGUAAUCCCCACCAGGCGUACAGUAGUAGUAAACUCUUAAAAGGAAUUUUUUUUCUCUCUCUCUCUCUCUCUAUUGAAAGAGUUCUUCAGUUCCCUGUCCGUGCUGCGAUCUGAUUCCCUCAUCCUUUUUGUUCUGUCUUUCUCUUUCUUAAACCCUAGGAGGCUUUGGAGUUUGUGAUCUUGUUGAAUGGCUCUUGGCUCCGUAAUUCCCUCGGCGGAUUUUGUUUACUCGUCAUCUUCCUUGGCUGGAGAAUGAGAGGCGUUUGGAAUAUGCAUUUGUCACUUCUACGUGGAUUCCAAGCAAUGGAAAUUUCACGGAGAUGUCUCGUUUUCUUUCCUUGGAUGCUGCUUGUCUUUGCUUUCUCUGGUUUCAGGCAUGGGAUUUAAAGUAUUGUCUAAUAGAUCUCAGCCUAUCUUGGCGAUAUCAAUCAAUGCAAGAUCUGGCCUGAGGGUGACAAUUUCUUCUAUUUUCACGAGAAUAGGAUGUUGAUGAGUGGUGAUUUUAAUCUAAAUUCUGGGCAACAUUAUACUGAUUCCGUCAAGGAAGUUCUGAAGCAGACAAUGCUCCAUCAUGAUGCUAUAUUUAGGAACCAGGUUUAUGAACUGCACCGCAUAUACAGGAUUCAGAAGACCUUGAUGAAGGACCUCAGGUGGAAGGAAUUCGAAAAAUAUACUUCAUGGACAGCAAACACAAAAUCAAUUCCCUUGCCAUUUCAAGAUCCAGAAAAACAUAUAACAUUAGCAGGGGAUAGAAUCUUUUCUGGACCAUCAAUGGUAAAGCAGGUUGGGUCAACAUCAACUGCCAACUGGAAUUUUCUGGAGUGCCAAGACUCUUACUCUAAGCUUCGGCAGAAGCCUUUCAACCUUCUACUUCCUGCCGAUGAGUAUAUUAGUAGUGCAAGAGCUGAAAUUCCUGCGAAUGGAAAUUUAUGGCCAACUGUCGAUAAAUCUAGUGGAAUGAAGGAAUUUUUUCGUGCUAACCUUGUUCCAGAUCCUGAGGAAGUGAAACUCUCUCUUAGUACUGGAGGGGGCACAACGGAGAAGGGAUGUUCUAGCAGAUCUUGGCACAAUAACAAGGCUUGUUUGUCUACCAUAUAUGUGAGUGAUUCUGAAGAUUCCAUUGAAAGGAAAUCCAACGAGGAUAUGAAACCCAUUUCUUCCCUCACUUCUGAAGUUCCAACAACAUUUGUUGGAGACAAACAUGGGGUAAGAGAUACUUUCCUAUAUGAUCCGCGCUUUCCAGAUAGAUUGAAAAAGGAUAUAGAUCACAGGCCUUUCAUGAAUAAUCAUUCCUUUGCAAACCCGAAUGGAAGCAAUCAAGAAAAUAAAUCAUGCUGUUCAGAUACUGGAUUAAAUGAAUGCCAAUCUACUGUCCGAUUUGUUGGUCUGUUAACCUCAAACCAACAAACCUUUUUAUGUGAGACAAGACACAUUGACCUUAACAGAGUUAAGCUUGAUGAAUCAUCUUCUUUGUCAAGUGAUCCUUUGCUUAGCUUUCCUUCUCUGAGAGAAAGUUCACCAGCUGUUGUCCACAGAUUCGGUAAUGAAUCCAGUAAAGAGACUCAGAGUCUCAGGACUUCUGGGAGCAAAACUGAUCACAGAUUUUCUGAUGAAGCUUCUAUUGUGCUUCAACAAGAUAAUUUUGUGUAUUCAGCUCUGAUGGAUUCAAAGGGCGAAGUUUGUGGCGCACAAGCUUGCGAUGUGAGCACAAAGUGUAGAGAAAAUGGUGGAAAUAAAGUGGUUUUUAUAGAUCUGGAGCGUGUACCUGGGGAUCUGGUGGACCACUGUGAAGACUUCAGCAACCAAGAUCUUAAGCUUAGUAAAGAAGACGUAGACUUCUCACUCAGAUUACAAAAUGGUUGUUCAUCCAAGGGUUAUCAAGAGGGUACUUCGGAUGGAACUCCCACAUCUAAUGUGGAAAGCAAUAAGGUAUGCACAUCUAUAAGGUGUACUGAUUCACCCCAAGCAGUAGAUGAUGCAGAAGUCAGGCACAUAAACUUUGAGAGGAGUGAAGAAGAUACAGUGUCUUCAGGUCCCUUUAGAAGUCAUGCUGAGGUUCAAGCUGAACAUUGCAAAUCAUCUGAUGCUACAAGCAAGACCAAUUUCGGGACUGGCAAUAAUUCUUGCUGUAUGAAGGAUCUGCGAACUGGGACGAUUGGUAAAGGAGAAUCGAAAAAUUCAAAAUCUUCUGCCUCUGACGAAUCUGGAGCUACUCAGUUAGGAUCUCAGAUCACAGAAACCCAGUCUUCUGAAGGUAAAGGAGAACUGGGUAAUUCAAAAUCUUCUGCCUUUGAGGAAUCUAGAGUUACUCUGUUAGGAUCUGAGUUCACAGAAACCCACUCUGCUGAACAGGACCCCUUGGUCGAAACUCGGGUUUAUACCUGUGCUUUUCCAGAGAAAAGGUCUUCUGACGGAACCAAAACAAAACAAUGUCAUGGUCAGCAGCAUAAUGUAGAUAAGGAAAUGGAUAUUUUGGUCCAGAAAGCAGCCGAGUCUCUUAUUCAUAUUUCUUUGGAUAAUUCAUUUUGUCCACAAGACUACACUGGUGAGGCAUCAAAUGCAUCGGAGGAGGAGAUGAGUGAGCAGCCCCAGUAUUCUUCUGAUUCUUUUGAGUCAAUCACAUUAAGGCUAACAGAAUGCACUGUGGAUGACUACUCAUUAUCAUCAAUGCCAGUUGAAGUAAAUGAGACGGACAAAGGGUGUGGAUGGAAGUUGAAAAGGGGAAGCAGGCUCAAAGAUUUUCAGAAAGACAUACUGCCUGGUCUUGUAUCUCUUUCUAGGCAUGAAAUUUGUGAAGAUAUAAACAUUAUUGGGACAGCCUUGAGAUCAAGGGAGUAUAGGAGAAACAGAUCCAGAAACAUUGGUGAUGAAAAAUGGAGUGUGCCUGUGAAAGGCAGGCGGUCAAAACUCAAUUACAUUGGUCGAAGAAACUACUACUGAAAGUCAGGUGUAGGUAUCUAAAUUGGCAUAGAAAUGGGGCAUCAAUGGUUUAUGAAUCACUAUAUCUUUGCACAAAUAAUAUUUAGUUGCAUUAGUAGGAAGCAUUUUAAAUAUUCCUAUUUUAGGGUUUAUCAGUAGGGAGUUUGUUU